CAUAAAGUACUACCCCAACAGAAACGAGACGGUAGUCAUCAAAGCUUUGCCUUUGAGCACUUGGUAUCCAUUUGACCAGCAAAAGCACUAUGUCCUUACUUAUCUCUGGGAACAGAUGGACGCUUUCAUGGCCACCACUUUUAUUGCCAGCUCAGACAUCUUCGCGUUUAGUCUCAUAAUAUUUGGUGUGGGCCAAAUUAAGAUUCUGAAGUUGAUUCUUUCCAAUUUUCAAGAGUUUGCGAUGAAUAUAAAGGAUCAGUUACACUGUAGUCAGGAAGAAGCCAGCUAUAUCACCCUCAGGGAGUGCAUAUUGAAGCACCAAGAAAUUAUCGAAUACAUAAAGGAAUACAACUUAGUAAUGAAGAAUAUAAUGGUUUUAGAUUUUUUACUGAGCUCUGUGGAGUUAGCUUCUGGAGUACUAACUUUGCUUGUGACGGAAAUGACUCUACCCAACACUAUAUACAGCAGUCAGUUAGCUUUUAGCUUGUUUCUUAGAGUACUGGUGUACUAUUGGUAUGCCAACGAAAUAAUGGUACAUGGAUCUGAAAUAGGAAUGGCUUUAUGUAACAGCAAUUGGUAUGAGGAAUCCGAAAGAGUGCAAAAAAUGAUGGUUAUUAUGCUGAUGAGGUGCAACAGGGAACUGUAUCUAGAGAUUGGACCAUUUGCCGCUAUGACUUUGAGAACUUUUCUGGGGGUACUCAAAGCAACAUAUUCCUACAUAACGGUUAUCUAUUGAUGAAUGCACACGCAGAAGGAUUCUCCAUUAAUGUCAGUU